AGAUUUGGCAGGGAUUUUAAUAAAAUUUCAGAUCGAAUGUGGAACAGUCUGAUUAAAUUAAUUUUGAAUUAAGGUUUAAUUGAUUGAUUGAUGCUUGAUCAUGGUUGAGAUCCACUUUAAACUUCUAAAUUAAUCUAAAUCAAAAUCAGCUGAUGGGUUAAGUUUGUAUGAGCCGAAUCAUGUAUGUUAGUGGGCGAGUUUAAUUUGUCAAAUAAUAGUUUUUUGUUGUAGCUUAAUUGAGCUGGGGAAAAAGGGUGUCUGCCCUUGCUUUAUGUUUUUUGUAUUGAUACUAGGAUUGGUAUCUUCAAAUUUCUUGCAAAUUUAGUUGUUGGUAAUGCUCUAGUACUGCUGUUCACUAGUCAGACUGUGUGAUAAUGAUGACCAGAGGAUGUAACUCGAGAAAAUCACGAAUCCAUUUGUUCGUUAAGACUGUAUUUUCAUUUCGCAUAUAGCAUGUACAUGAUGCAAUUGCAGUUUACUGAGUACAUGACGUUAGAUAGGAGGUUAUGGAGGACACAAAUUAGGAUAGGAGGUUAGGUAAUAGAGCGUUGUCUUGCUUAUCUUUCCAUACUGAUAAUCGUAAUGUUUCUCCAGUAGUUUCUUGUCCUUCAAAUUUUGUUACUAUCUCUUGUACUUUGAUUAACACACUACUUUAUUAUAGUUGUCGUUCCUUUUUUUCCAGGAUGCUUUGUUUUAUUUUCUGUAGUAUUUUUCCAUGAUUUCUUCAUUUUAGUUAUUUCUUUUCGAUAUGUUUUGAUAUGCUUUUCCUUAAGUCGGGAGUCUAUUGGAAACAACCUCUCUACCUCCCAAGGUAGGGGUAAGGUCUGUGUACCCUCUCCCCUCCUCUAACCAGACCCCACUUGUGGGAUUACACUGAUAUGUUGUUGUUGUUGUUGUAUAUAGUGUGUAUAUAUUAAACCAAGAAGAUGACAUAGCCAGCUCAAUUUAGAAACUUCCUUUUAGGCAUAUUAACUAGAGAAAAUCGUGAAUCCAACUUGUUUGGGUCUGAGACAUAGUUGUUAUUUAUUAUUUAAUAUUUUUCUCCUAUUCUCUUCUUACAAGAUAAGGAAAGCAAGAUUGAGAUGGUUUGAACAUGUGAAGAGGAUAUGUAUAGAUGCACCAGUGAAGAGCUGUGAGGGGUUUGUUAUAGAAGGUACGAGAAGAGGCAGAAGUAGGCCAAAGAAGUAUUUGGGAGAUGUGAAAAGAUAGGAUAUAGUGCAGUUUUUGGUUACCUAGGACAUGACCUUAGAUAGGAGUGUGUGGAGGACACAUAUUAGGGUAGAAGGUUAGCCGGUAGUGUAGUAUUGUCUUGCUUAGGUGAUUGAUGUUUGCCAUGGUACUAGUUGUAUUAUUGUAGUUCUUGUUUUUUAUUAUUACCAUUGUUUUUUAUUGUUUUCUAUUCUUAGUAUUUUGUUUACUAUAUUUCGAUUAUCAUAUUAUUUUAUUAUUGUUCGCGACUCCUUUCUUGUAGACUUUGCACUGGUACCUUGUUACUUGCCAUAUUCUCUUCACUAUCUCCUUCUUAUGUGUACCUUGAAUCAUUGCACUUGAGCCGAGGUCUUUCGGAAACAACCUCUCUACCUCCACGAGGUAGUGGUAAGGUUGCAGGUUUUUUUCCUCUGUCGAACCUUUUGGUGUGGAUUUUAUUGUUCAUUCAUUUCUGAGGGAAGACUCAUGUCGGCACAAAAUGAGGAUAACAUCUCUCAACCACAGUUGUCCGCUCACAUUUUUGAUGAGCUUCUUGAUUCCAUCAUUAUUGAUGUUGCAUCCGAGUGUCACCGUGUAGCGAAACUAGGCCUUGAUCGUAAUUUAGAAGAAGAGGAGGAAGAGCUUCGGUUGUCUGCUCAAGCUCGGGCAAGGGUAGCUGAUCCUAGCAACAGUAGUGAAACAAAUGGCAAAUACGUUGUUGAUAUAUUUGGACAAACCCAUCCUCCUGUUGCAAAUGAAAUAUUUCAAUGUAUGAAUUGUGGCCGAUCUAUCAUGGCUGGGCGGUUUGCUCCUCACUUGGAGAAAUGCAUGGGAAAGGGGAGGAAGGCCCGUCUUAAGGCAACAAGAAGUAGCACUGCUCAGAACCGGUAUACACGAGGCAGUUCUGCUUCAACCUACUCCCCUUAUUCAAAUCCCACCAGCACAAGUCGAUUACCAAAUGGAAGUUCCGGCGUUUCAGGUCAUGAAUACUCUAAUGGCUCCUUAGAAGAGUAGUGAUAUGGCCUUGGAUGCAGUGCUGGAGGCUGAUUCAUCUUCAGGUGAAGGAUUGAAAUGAGAAGACAACUUGGGACUUCCCUCUGUUGUUUCAUCCCUCCCCCAUUAUCCGGGCCAUACAGAAGCAGCUGUACUGGUUUGUCAUACAAAGCAGAUGUUGCUCAUAGUAUGGUUUGAAAAUAACUGUAUGAAAACAUGGGUUUCCCCCAUGCAAAUGUUUAUAGUGCACAUUGGUGGCUUUCACAAGUCUGAGUUUAGUAGAGAUGAAUAGCAUUGUAAAGGAGAUCUCACUGUCUCAAUAUUCUAGUUGAAAGUUAAUGCCUUCAUUAUCAGUUCUAUUCUAGUACA